UGGCCUUCACCAAGGCCAGGGUCGAGGAGCUGGAGCGGGAGCAGAAGCGGAACCGGCGGCAGCAGAAGCUCCUGGUGGUGCUGCGCAACGUUGCCCUGGGGCUGCUGCUGCUCUGCACCCCCCUGCUGUCCUUCGACGCGGUGCGGGAGGCGCUGGGGGUGACACAGGAGGGCCACCUCGUCCCCUGCCUGGCCACCGUCCUGCUGGUGUGCCAGGUGGCCGCCUGGGCCUCCGAGCGCUCCGGCCACCACCUGGCCACCGCCUUGGACCAGCAACGUCACCAACUGACCCGUUACCGUCACCUGGCCGACGCCACCCCCCCCCCAAUGUCCCCAAGACAAAUGGGAGGUCUCGGUGGCCCAACGGAGGCUGGAGGAGGUGGCCGACCAGUUGCGGCAGCUACUGGGAGCACUGGAGGACGACCUGCAGGACGCCCGCGGCUUCCCCGCCACCACCCGCGCCUUGGGGACAGCCGCGGUGGCCUUGGGGACGGUGACCCAGGACGAGGAGGCGACGCGGAGGCUGGCGGAGGCGCUGCGGGUGCUGCCCGGGGAGGUGGUGGGGCAGCCGUAGCCCCCCCGGUGACCUUGGGGACAGCGGUGUCACCCGGGGGCGUCCUGGGGUCCCCCUGGUCCUUUUUGGGGACUCUGAGGUGGCCUUUUGGGGACAGGGAGGGUGGCACUGUCCUUUGUCUCCUCGCCCCAAUAAAUAAAUAAAGCUUAAGGGUGCGCCCAGGCUCUGGUUCGUCACUUGGGGGGGUGGGGACGUCCUUGAGGACAAGGGGACGUGUCCUUGAAUUGUCCCCACCGCCGGGAUUGUCCCCGACAGCCUCCAGGAUCCCCCCGUUGGAUGUCCCCAGGCUGUGGGGGACAAGGGAUUUACUGAAAUCUGUGAUAAACGCGGAAUUUGGGGCAAGCCAGCCUGAGACGCGACGCCUGGACCAGCUGAGGGGCCCUGAGGGUUGUCACCCCCCUGCCACCCGCGAUGUGGACGUCGGAUGUCACCGGGGCCACCAGCCCCACUGAGGUGUCCCCGGAGCUGCUGAAGCCGCUGGUGGACGUGGUGGCCACCAUGGGCAAGCUGGGGGCCACCAGCGGGCACAUUCCCCUGGCCAAGCCGUGGGAAUCGCUGCGGGGUGGCCUCCUCACCUUCAGGGCCGGCGUGCGCGAGGCCGUGAUCCACCGCGAUGGGGAGGCCGCCCGCCUGCGCCGAGCCCUGGCCACCACCGCCACCGAAGGGCCCGGUGUCCCCGCGGCCACCGCGGUGGCCACCGUCAGCGGCUGGCUGAAGGCGGUGGCCACCGUGGAGGCCGCCUGGGCCAAGCUGAAGGCGGAGGCCACCGGCCUGAAGGACGCCUGCGCGGUGGUCGCCGAAACCGGGGCCACCGCCGGGGCCACCGCCGGGGCCGCCAUGGGCAAGCUGGCGGAGGCGAUUGCCCGGGAGGACGAGGCCUGCAAGAAUCUGCGGGCUGCCACCCACCUCCUGCCGCUGGCCUUGGAGCCCACCGAGCCGGCCGAGAAGAUGGAAGCCCACGACGCGCGGCUGGCGGGGGCCCAGGCGGGGCUGCAGGCGGCCAGCAAGGCCACCGAGGAGGAGGCGGUGGUGGUGGCGCACAAGAUGAAGGCCAAGGAGUGGGGACAGCGCGCGGCGGUGGCCUGUGAGCUUUUGGGGCAGCUGGUGGUGGCCUGUGACGGCGCCCACCGCUACUACUGCCACCUGCAGCGCCGCCUCAAGGACAUCGAGGCCAUGGUGGGCCCCGAGGCCACGCAGGGGGACGCGGGCAGCCCCAAAGGGCUGGCGGAGGCGGUGGCGGUGGCCGAGGCUCUGUGGGUCGCCAGUGCCCGCCUGGCCCAGGAGCACCUCCUGGGGAUGCUGAAGGUGGUCCACGUGCUGCUGACCACCGGUGGCACCACCGAUGGCACCGCCGAAGCCACGGACCUGGCCCGGCGCUGCCAAGAUGCCACCACCGCCCUCCCGGGGCUGCUGCCACCGGGGCUCGCGUAGGGGACGGUGGCUUUGGUGGCACCCAAAGGCAAUGGGUCAUGGAGCAGGAGCGUUUUGGGUGGAAAAGGGGCCUUCAAGGACACCAAGGCCAGGCUGAGCCAUGUCCCCUAGAGCCACGUCCCCCAGUGCCACCUCCCUUAGAGCCAAAUCCCUUAGUGCCACGUCCCCCAGUGCCACGUCCCCUAGCGCCACAUCCUUUAGUGCCUUAUUGGCAAAAAAUUGAUUGAUUAAAUUGAUUAAAAAAACGGGACGUGGAGCGAUAAAAUGAGAAACCGAUGGACAAAAAUCAAUAAAAAGGAGAAAUAGUUUGAAAAAGUUUGAAAUAGUGAUGAAAUAGUUUGAAAGAGUGAAGUGGUAAAUUGCUUGUUGAAAACGAUAAAUCGAUGAAAAUGAUAAAUUGUUGAAAAUGAUAAAUUGUUGAUAAUGAUAAAUGGAUGAAAAUGAUGAUAAAUCGAUUGAUAAAAGUGA